AGAGCGAGAGAGAGAGCUCAGUACCAAGGACAGUUGCUCCCUUCCCUCCCUUUUUGCUCUCUUCCGGACGCGCACUAGGCAGCUGGCUGCGUUGCAGCUCCUCCCUCCAAUGUGUGGCUUUCCUCACAAAAAGAUCCUUGGACGUGAACAGUUUCGCUGAAGAGCACUUUCCUCUCUGAAAUAACCACACGGACAACCCCAGGCGUCCGUUGUCCUUUACCGACCAGAGAGAAAGGAGUUGAGGUAUUGGAUAAGGACUCCAGCGGUCCAUCAUCCCCAAAAUUUCUCUCAGCGAUGGAGACUUGGACUGGCUCCUGCCCGGGUUUACACUUCGCUUUGAGUGUCUGCCUCAUGAUAGCUGCUCACACCUUUCAAAAUACAAAGGCAGACAUAAGUUGUGCAUCUCGCCGGUCCCUAGUUCAACUUCACGCCGGUGAAAUACGCGCACAACCAACAGAUGGACUGAGCGCUUUUAAAAACAUCCAAGUGGAGUUUAGGGAACUAGGGAUUAGUCGACAAAAUACCGGUAAAGACAACGACCAACAACAUGCACCUGUCUUGGAGAACGGCACACGAAUGUCCCUUGCACAAAGUCACCGCGGCGGAUCAAACGGAAAACGUGAUUUUGGUGAUGGCGCCGCGCUUCCGAGAGCGAAGAGAAACAGCCCCGAGUUUGCCGAGUUGCGCAAGAGUGGACUGACAGGCCAAACUGCCCUGAAUUCCGGUGCAUCGGAUGAACGGGACUCUUUGCUGGACCGGCUCAGAUCUUCUGGACUGAGCAGAUCGGAGUUAAGAAAGAACAGGGACGACGGGAGAGGAAAUAAACAGCAGGAUGAGCCCAAGCUCACCAGCAGCACUUUCGCCCUGACUGGGGACUCAGCACAUAAUCACGCUGUCGUCUACUGGUCAGGACAAAACAGCAGCGUUAUCCUGAUACUCACCAAGCUGUACGACUUUCACAUGGGCAGUGUCACUGAGAGCACUCUAUGGAGAUCUUCGGACUCUGGCUCCACAUACGAGAAAAUGAAUGAUAAACUUGGAUCCAAGACUGUUCUGAGUUACCUAUAUGUCUGUCCAACCAACAAGAGAAAGAUUAUGGUGUUGACUGAUCCUGAGUUUGAAAGCAGUUUGCUAAUCAGCUCUGAUGAAGGAGCCAGCUACCAGAAGUACCGCCUCGCUUUCUACAUAUUAAGCCUAUUAUUCCACCCCACUGAGGAGGACUGGGCCUUAGCCUACAGUCACGAUCAGAAGCUCUACAGCUCAUUAAACUUUGGGAGGAAAUGGCAGCUUGUUCAUGAACAUGUUACCCCCACUAGAUUCUACUGGUCUGUUCCCGGUCUAGACAAGGAGUCAGAUCUUGUCCACAUGGAGGCCCACACGCCAGAUGGAAGCGUGCAGUAUAUCACUUGCAGAGCGCAGAUGUGUACAGAAGCCAACAGGAACUACCCCUUCCCUGGAUACAUUGACAUCAGUUCACUGGUGGUUCAGGAUGACUAUAUAUUCAUACAGGUGCCUACGCCAGGAAGAGCUACUUAUUUUGUUUCCUACAAGAGAGACCUGUUCAUCCAAAUAAAACUUCCAAAAUAUUCCUUACCAAAGGAUUUACACAUUGUCAGCACAGAUGAAAAGCAGGUAUUUGCAGCAGUGCAAGAGUGGAACCAGAAUGACACCUAUAACCUCUACCUGUCUGACAUGAGAGGCAUCUACUUCACCUUGGCCAUGGAAAAUGUCAAGACAACUAAAGGCAUAGGAGGGAACCAGAUGCUGGAUUUGUAUGAGGUAGCCGGCAUUCGAGGCAUGUUGAUUGCCAACAAACGGCAAGGCAACCAAGUAAAGACCUUCAUCACCUACAACAAAGGAAGAGAUUGGAGGCUCCUGCAAGCCCCAGCAACUGACCUGGAUGGAAAUGAAAUUCACUGCAUUUUGCCUUCCUGUUCACUUAAUCUUCAACUACAAACUUCAGACAACCCCUACUUGUCAGGCGCAAUUUCCACGAAGAGCUCAGCACCGGGGGUUAUUGUUGCCACAGGGAAUAUUGGAGCUGAGCUGUCCUACAACAAUGUUGGCAUGUAUAUAUCAUCUGAUGCUGGAAAUAGCUGGAGACAGAUUUUUGAAGAGGAGCACAAUGUUUGGUUUCUGGACAAAGGAGGGGCCCUUGUUGCUGUAAAACAACCUUCUGUGCCAACCAGACACUUAUGGGUCAGUUUUGACGAAGGGAGGCAAUGGACCCAACACAGCUUUUCCUCUGUGCCUCUGUUCGUGGACGGCGUUUUGGUAGAAGCUGGGGCAGAGAACCAGAUUAUGACAUUUUUUGGACACUUUAGUCACCGCUCGGAAUGGCAACUCAUCAAAAUAGACUAUCGAUCGCUCUUCAGUAAGAAAUGUACUGAGGAAGAUUACCAAACAUGGCACUUGCAUAAUCAGGGAGAGCCAUGUGUUAUGGGACAAAAACAGAUUUACAUGAAACGCAGGCCGGGAAACUACUGCAUGCUCGGCAAAGACUACUCAAGAAUCCUCUCUGCCGAGUCCUGUAUUUGCAGAGCCCAUGAUUUUGAAUGUGACUAUGGAUAUGAGCCCCACGGCAAUGGGAACUGCAGGCCCUCUUUUUGGUUCAGUCCCUCUGCAACCUCCAAAAGCUGCAGUCUUGGGCAGAACUAUCUCAACAGCACAGGGUACCGUAAAGUGGUGUUAAAUAACUGCACGAAGGGAGUUAAAGAAAUGUACACAGCUCGAAAGCAGCAAUGCCCUAAGAAACCUCCAAAGGGACUUUUGCUGACCACAAAAGAUGGAAAACUGUCUGCCAAUCUGGGCACUAAUGUCACGUUCCUGGUUCAUCUAAAUGAGGGCGAUUCUAUACGGACAAACAUCCAACUAGAUUUUGGCGAUGGCAUAGCUGUGUCAUAUUCGAACCUCAGCUGGGCUGAAGAAGGCAUCAAACAUGUCUACAAGUCUGCAGGGAUAUUUUGUGUCACAGCUUUGGCUGAAAACUCCCUGGGUUAUGACACAACAACACUCCAUCUGCAUGUCACGUGUCCCGUGGAGAAUGUCCAGCUUCUGGCUCCCUUUGUUGUCAUUAGAAACAAGGAAGUUAAUAUCUCAGCAGUUGUCCUACCCACUCAUCCACGCACAGUCACCUAUUUUUGGUGGCUUGGCAACAUCACUGAGCCAAUGGUCACAUUAGAUGGGAGUGUCUCAUAUACCUUUCCCAUUGAGGGGGUGUAUUCUCUCACAGUUCAAGUAUCUGCAGCCAACGUUAUAUUCCAAGAUACCAAAACUAUAGCAGUUAGAGAAUUCUUCAAAUCACUUCUUUUGUCAUUCUCCCCAAAUCUGGAUGACUUCAACCCCGAUUUAUCCGAGUGGAGGCAGGAUGUGGGGAGAGUAAUUAAGAAGGCUGUUCUCCAAGUGGCUGAGUUCCCAGAAGACCAGCUUUUAGUAGCUGUGUACCCUGGAGUUCCAACUGCUGCUGAGCUUUUCCUGUUACCACACAAGAACCAGUCACAUGACAAGAAAAAGAGUGAGGAGGAACUCGAACAAGUUUCAAGGAUAAUUGUAAGUGCACUGAACCAGAAUCUGGUGGAGUUUGAGCUGAAGCCUGGUGUGAGGGUGAUUGUAUAUAACACGCAGCUAACACUGGCACCCUUGGUGGACUCCGACCCUCGCCAUAGGAGCUCUGCUAUGCUGAUGCUCCUAUCAGUGGUUUUCCUUGGCCUUGCCGUGUUCCUCAUCUACAAAUUCAAGAGAAAAAUACCUUGGAUAAACAUAUAUGCAGAGGUCAACCAGGAGAAGGAGCAAGAGAUGAUUAGCUCGGUGGGCCAAGGUGACAACACACCAAAAAUAACACUGAAUGAGUUCCCCUCAUCCAAAGAACUCACAGAGAAAGAACUGGAUGCAAGAGUCAAAAGGGGAGUCGCAAAUGCCCGUGAGAGCACAAGGGAGAUUCCAAACUGCACUAGUGUCUAGAGUGUGUACUUUACAGCAAUCUAGUGUCAAGUGGUCUCUCUUUCAGUUUUGUAAUUCUCAAGACAACUGCUGUGAAUAGUUUUCUAAGAGACCUCAUUUUUACAACCAUGCAUGGAAGUCAUGUUCAACAUCCCUGCAGCAGUCAAUGGGAUUAUUUUGUCCAAAGACAGAACAUCAAUCGGUUUUGUGUAUGUAUCAGCGGGGUAACACAUUUGUAAAGUUAUACUUUGCUUCAAAAAUCAUCUCUGCUUAUGUGUAAACAACAAUGUAUAAGUAUUUAACUAAACCAAGUAUUAAUACAUACCCUAAACUAUUGCUUCCUGUUCUGUAUAUACGAUAUAGCUUUUUGAUGGCCCAUAGUGUGUCAUGGCAAAACAUCAGACAAAUAGUGUGCUUUUGAAAGUCUGAAAAAUUAAGGCGUCAGCUUUGCUGGAAUAACGUCAUUGACCAGUGCCUGUUGCAACUGAUUAUUACACUUAUGUAAAUAAAUUAUUCUUUUAAAUACUUGUUUUUUUAGUCAGUCAUCCCCCGAAACAUAUUUACUUAUUUUAAGAGUUGUACUCUUCUAGACAUAUCUUGAGAGAAAUGUAUGUCUCUUUCUACACAUUUUCAUACCCUGUAUUUUCUGGAAAUGAAAUGUACAUUGCAAAAAUUGCCAUGUUUAAUGUUAAUAGUUUCAUUUUGUAUUAUGUAUAUAAUGUGUACUAAGAUAAAUCUGCAUUAUUGCAUUUGCCUCUGUCAGUAAUUGUAAAGUCUGAGCUGGUGUCAGAAUAAUCUCUAUUAUUAGGGUGACUAGCCGUCAAAGUAUUCACCCGUUGAUAAUGUUAUACGUACAGUCAUUUUGGAACAAUUUGCAAAAAUCCGUAUUUAUAUUUAUCUUUCAAUAUCCAUCAAGCAAUGUUCAAAGGCUUAGGUUCAUGAUGGCAAAUCUCUCAAAAGAUUGCAGUUUAUUAAUUACACCAGAUUUAUUUUAUUGUAUCACAGCAACAGGCAAUCUUAGAUUUUGCAUGUUAAAGUGCUCAACCAAUGAUGUAAACACUCCAAUAAUUAGAGAGAUGUGUGAGACAAAAGAGCUUUCUAGACAAAUGUAGGUUUGCUAUAGUAUAUUCUGAAAUUUUGACUUAUGUAAACUAGGCAUCGUCUCAG